AUGAGUUCCAAUAACUCAAUUAUUUGUGCAAGCGUUCAAUGUGUUAUGAGUUUAAGAAAAGUAAACAUAGAGUCUGAUAUUAUACUAAAAAAAUCGUCGGAAGUAGAUGAACUACUUAUUUUGAAAUGCUUCUCAAAGUUUCAUAAGACCAGAGCACUCAGUGAUUAUAAAGAGAGGCAAAAAAUUAAAAACUAUGUGGCAACUGUUUACAGACAGACUCCAGCAGAAUUUAAGUUUCACUUUCGUUUGUUACCAUCAACUUUUGAAUUUUUGCUGAUGCUAUUACCACCAGUUGAAACAGUUUUAGGGCGAACCCCUAUUUCAAUUGAUCGUCGUUUGCUCUUGACAUUAUGGGUUUUAGCCAAUGAAAAAGAAACUUUUAGAUCAGUGGCUGAACGGUUUGGGGUAAGUGAAUCAAGUGCUCACAGAAUUUUCACUUCAACUGUCAAUGAUAUUCACAAUCUUCGUCACGAAUAUAUAGUUUGGCCCCGAGGAGCUGAAAGGGUACGCAAUUCCUUAGGAUUUCAAAAUUUGAGGAAUAUUCCUUUUCCUGGUGCUUUUGCUGCAGUUGAUUGCACGCAUAUUCGUAUUAGUGGCAAUAUAAAAGAUAAUAGCUAUCUUAAUCGGAACAGAUACCAUAGUGUAAAUCUACAAGCAGUUUGUGAUUUUGAUGGAUUGUUUAUUGAUGCUUUUGUAGGAUUCCCUGGAUCCUGUCAUGAUGCAUUUGUGUUCUCAAAUAGUCCAUUAUAUCAGGCUUUAGAAGAUAAUCCUAGAUUACUUUUACCUAAUGAGCAUUAUAUAUUAGGUGAUUCUGCAUAUCCACUUAAAAAGUAUUUGAUGAAACCUUAUCGUCGUUCAAUACUAAUGUCACCAGAACAAAAGUUUUUUAAUACAGUUCUUUCUUCUUCAAGAACUUGUAUUGAGCAAGCAUUUGGAAGUUUAAAGGGACGUUUUAGACGUUUGAAAGGAAUUGAAUCAACUGAUAUCACAUUCAUUUCUAAGACUACAGUAGCGUGUUGUAUUCUACACAACUUAUGUGCUAAACAAGGAGAGGAUAUUGAAGAAUAUGUUGAAGUUGAGGAUGGAUAUGAUUCAAAUGAACAAGGAGCUGUUGAUUAUAAUCAAAUAGAAGAAGAAACAUGUCGAGAUGAUAUUUGUAGAAUUUUAUAUAAUACUAUUUAA